AUGCCUGUCCUCGAUACGAGGCUCGACCUCGACGCCCUCUUCCGCAAGCAGGUCAAGGCCACUCCCGAUGCUCUCGCCCUCCUGGAUCCUUCGGCCAGCUACACUUAUGCGCAGCUCGAUGCCAAAGUCGACAGCCUCUCGCUCUUCUUUCGUGCCAACCAUGCCGUCGGUCGCGACUCGCUCGUCGGCAUCCUCAUGGGGAGAGGCGCCGACUACGUCAUCGCAUGUCUCGCUGCGUUGCGAGCCGGCGGCGCUUUCCUCGUUCUCGAGCUCGCCUAUCCUCUCGGUCUCCUCCACGACGUGAUCAAGGAUGCUCAGCCAGCCGUCAUUGUCACCCAGUCCGAACAUGCAAAGUUGCUGCCCAAGGCAGUGCCUUCCAUCUUGAUCGACGAUGCGGAACAAGCAGACAAGCUCUUUGCAUCAGCUUCAGCUUCGGCUUCAGCUUCAUCCUCAUCCUCCUUGCUGCCUCUCCCGGAUGAAACCGACCUCGACCGCCUUGCUUUCGUCUCGUACUCUUCUGGCACCACGGGCAAGCCGAAGGGUAUCGCAAACCCACAUCGCGCUCCCGUCCUCUCGUACGAUCUCCGCUUCGCUGUCAACGAUCUCAAGCCUGCUGACCGCGUAGCUUGCAACGUCUACUUCAUUUGGGAGAUGCUCCGUCCGCUCUUGCGAGGCGCCACCACCUAUGCCAUCCCAGAUCACACCAGCUACGAUCCCGUCAAGCUCGUCGAACUGCUCGCAAAGGAAAAGAUCACAGAGACCCUCAUGACCCCGACUCUGCUCGCAGCCGUCCUAUCACGCCACCACAACCUAGGUGACAAGCUUCCUCACCUCCAGUCUCUCUGGCUCAACGGCGAAGUCGUCACCACAGAUCUCGCUCGAAGGGCCACCAAGGCGCUGCCCAAGACGCGUCUUCUCAACUGCUACAGCGCCAGCGAGACACACGAGGUAGCAUGCGGUGACCUGCGCGAGAUGCUUACCACCUUGCCCGACGAUGCCGCGUACUGCCCUGUCGGACCGCCCAUGGACAAGGCUCACACCUAUAUUCUCGACGACGAGGGCAACCGCUUGCAACCCGGCCAAGCCGGUGAGCUGUACGUCGGAGGCGACCUGCUGGCUCGCGGCUACCUCAGCCUCGUCGACACCACCGCCAAGGCUUUCACUCCCGACGCCUUUGCUUCCAGCCCCAACGCACGCAAGUACAGGACUGGCGACUUGGCUCGCAUCAUUCCCGAGUCGGGACUGCUCGAGAUCACCGGCCGAGUCGGUGGCAUGAUCAAGAUCAGAGGUUACUCAAUCGUGCCAGGCAUUGUCGAAAAGGCUAUCGUCGACAACUUCGACGUGAGCAACUGCGCUGUCGUCGCACAUGGUGAGGGUCUCGAGCGUCAGCUCGUCGCCUACGUCGUGCCCGAUGACGCCGAGCGCGGUGCCCGUACUGUCUUGACCAUCGACGACAACGGACACAGUCCCAGCGCUCGCCAGGUGCUCGUCUCGCAUCUCGCCCACUACAUGAUCCCCACUCUCUGGGUGGUACUGCACUCGCUCCCUACCCACGAAGUUUCUGGCAAGGUCGAUCUCAAGAAUCUGCCCAACCCAAAGGCUGCCAUCGCUGCAGCCAGCGGCACUAACUCGAGAGCCAGAAGUCCCGCACCAGAUGAGACGGUCAACCUCAAGUCGAUCGCCGGGCUAUGGGCGCUCUCGCUCAACAUCAACCCCAACACAGUCUUGGAAGCCGGAAAGACGGUUAGCUUCUUCGACCUCGGUGGCCAUUCGCUGCUGCUCGCUGACCUCGCCACUCGAAUCUCCAAGACUCUCGGCGGUUUCACUGUGCCUCUGGGAGAGCUAGCCGGACAACCGACGCUCCAAGAUCACGUACGCAUCACCCUUGCCGCUCGCGAUGGCUACAAUGCUGCCGUCCAGGCUGAUCUGCCGACCGUGCUGCGUGACGACAUUGAGCUUGCUCCCGAGUUCAAGCUCGCCUCUCUCGACACGGUCAAGCCGACGCCCUUGAACGAGGCCAAGACCAUCCUGCUGACGGGUGCCACUGGUUUCCUCGGCGGCUUCUUGCUGCACGACUUGUACCAAAACACCACGGCACGCAUCGUCUGCCUGAUCCGUUUCAACGCCCCUUACCGCACCGAUCGAUCGGCUGCCAUGGCGAGAUUGCGACGCAACAUGCUCGAUCUCGGCUUUUGGGAUCACGGCAUGCUCGACCGCAUCGAUGUGCUGCCCGCCAAUCUGUCUCGUAACCGUCUUGGUCUCGUUCCCGAGGUGUACGAGAACCUGGUCGAGACCGUCGAUGCCAUCGUACACUGUGCGGCCCAGGUCAACCUCGUCUACCCUUACGCAGCUUUGCGCGAUCCCAACGUCGAAGGCACCCGCGAGGUGCUUCGUCUCGCCUUCCUCAGCAACGCCACCGUGCAGUACGUCUCUACCAACGGUGUGCUGCCACCUUCGCAGACCGGCUGGCCAGAGUCGGCCAUCAUGCCGCUCGAAGAUGUUCCUGAAAAGCUGCUCGAUGGCUACUGCCAGACAAAGUGGGUGGCGGAACAGCUCGUGCUCGAAUCGGCCAAACGUGGAUUGCCUGCCAACGUGAUCCGAAUUGGCACGCUCAGCGGUCAUUCCGAGACGGGCUCGACCAACACGUACGACCUCAUCACUGCGCUCAUCGUCGAAUCGGUACACCUCGGUGUCGCACCCGAGAUCCCCGACUGGCACAUCGAGAUGACCGCCGUCGACUACGUCAGCCGCGGAAUCAUCGCCAUCGGCAACCACAUCGACGCCAACCAGCGAAUCUACCAUCUUGGCGACAGCGAACCCAUCGAUUGCCGGCUGCUCUUCCAACAUCUUGAUUCGCUCGGAUACUCGACGACGAGAACCAGCUGGAAAUCGUGGGUCUCGCUGUGGCAGGAGAAGCGUGGAUCGGCCAAGGGCGGAGACCACGGUCUGACGGUGGACAUUCUGCGAUCUGGUAUGCCGUCCGAGGAGUUUUUGCUCGGCAUCAUUGCCUUGAAGGACGAUGCGACGCGUGGUGCGUUGGGCGAUCUUGAGAGGCCAAAGGUGGAUGCCAAGCUGUUGCAAACGUAUGCGAAGCACUGGUAUGCUCGUGGAUGGAUGCAGAGGCAGCCUUUGAGUGUGCCGGCUACGCCCAACGGAGUAGGUAACGAUGCCAAUGGACUCGCUGCUGCUGCUGCGUUUGAUCCCAAGUUCCCGCUCAAGGGUAAGGUAGCCGUCAUCACGGGUGCUUCUUCCGGAAUCGGUGCUGCUGUCGCCAAAGCUCUUGUUCGCGAAGGCGCUCACGUGGCGCUCGCAGCAAGACGUGUCGAAGCGCUCGAAAAGCUUUCCCUCGAGCUUGGCAAGAUCUCACGUUCCAACGGCGCCGCCAGCGGAAGCAAGGUCCACAUUCACAAGACUGACGUCGUCGAUCGCACCCAGGUCGAUUCGCUCAUGCAGACCACCACAGACACGCUCGGUCCCAUCGACAUGAUCGUCUCUUGCGCAGGCGUGAUGUACUUUACGAUGAUGCACAACGUCCAAGUGUCCGAGUGGGAUCAGACGGUAGACGUCAACUGCAAGGGUCUUCUCAACGUCCUCUCCACCAGUCUGCCACGAUUGCUGCCUCGGAACACGGGUCACAUCGUGGCGAUCUCUUCGGAUGCCGGUAGGAAGGUUUUCCCAGGUCUGGGCGUGUACAGCGCGUCCAAGUUCUUCGUCGAAGCGACGUUGCAGUCGUUGCGAUUGGAGACGGCGGGGAGCGGGUUGAGGGUGACCUCGAUCCAGCCGGGCAACACGGCGACGGAUCUGCUGGGCAUGAGCAGCGAUCAGGAGGCGAUCAAGAAGUACGGCGAACCGACGGGCGCCAAGAUCCUCGAUCCGGCGGAUGUCGCCAACGCGAUCGUGUAUGCCUUGAGGCAGCCGGAGCAUGUGGCGAUGAACGAGGUGUUGAUCGAGCCGAGGGAGGAGCCGAUUUGA